AUGAGUAACAGCAGCAGCAGCAAAAGCAGCAUUAACAGUAACAGCCACAGCAAAAGUAACAGCAGCAGCAGUUGCAGCAGCAGCAUGAGUAACAGCAGCAGCAUGAGUAACAGCAGCAGCAGCAAAAGCAGCAGUAACAGUAACAGCCACAGCAAAAGUAACAGCAGCAGCAGUUGCAGCAGCAGCAUGAGUAACAGCAGCAGCAUGAGUAACAGCAGCAGCAGCAAAACCAGCAGUAACAGUAACAGCCACAGCAAAAGUAACAGCAGCAGCAGUUGCAGCAGCAGCAUGAGUAACAGCAGCAGCAGGAACAGCAUUAGCAGCAAAACCAGCAGUAACAUUAACAGCCACAGCAAAAGUAACAGCAGCAGCAGUACAGCAGCAGCAUGA